CUGUUCGCCGCUAAACAUGUCUAAAGUUCUCCGCUACUACUACGACCUGAUGUCCCAGCCCAGUAGGGCUCUGUACAUAUUCUUGGAGAAUACCAAGAUCCCUUACGAGAGGUGUCUGGUGAAUUUGGGUAAAGGCGAACACCUGACGGACGAGUUCAAAGCGAUCAAUCGCUUCCAGACGGUGCCCUGCAUCGUGGACAAGGACCUGCAUCUAGCGGAGAGCGUCGCCAUCGUACGCUAUCUGGCUCGGGAGUACAAGUUCCCGGACCAUUGGUACCCGGCCGAUAGCCACAAGCGGGCCCGCAUCGAUGAGUACCUGGAGUGGCAGCACCACAAUACCCGUGCGACCGGAGCAACCUACUUCCAGUAUAUGUGGCUCCGACCGAAGCUGAUGGGUAGCAAGAUCGAUCCGAAACGGGCCGAACAGUUCCGGCAGCAGCUGAACUCCUGUCUGGACUUUAUCGAGCAGGAGUAUCUGGGCGGCGGGAGCAAGUUCCUUGUGGGUGAUGAGAUAUCCGUUGCCGAUCUGUUGGCCGCUUGCGAGAUUGAACAACCGAAAAUGGCUGGAUUUGAUCCGUGCUCUGGAAGACCCAAUCUUACAGCCUGGAUGGGACGUGUCCGGGAGGCAACCAACCCCUUCUAUGAUCAAGCGCACAAACUGGUUUACAAGAUUACGCCGGAAAGCGUUCCGAAGCCAAAGCUUUGAAAGAGUGGCUUUGAAUUAUUAUGUUCAAUAACUGGGUUAAGGAUUUGGGUUCUAAGCAAUAUGUCGAUUACAAUAUUUUAGUUGUUAAGCGACAAAAUAAUAAAAUCAAUUUAAAUGAA